AAUCGUAACGUCCGGGUUUAACAGGAAUUAGCGGUAAAUUUCUUGGUUCGCCAGUAGUUACGGAAAGCAUGGGGUGAAGCCGAGGGCAUACGAGGGAACAAGUGGGCGGAGACGCGCCGUAACGGAACGCUAAUUAGUCUUGCAGAUGGAAUUUGUUUCCUUUACCCUGCUCUAUCACCCGGUCGCCACGGUCACUCGUGUUUUUAUUGAGCUAAUGUGAAACGCAGCCGCCGACCACUUUACGUGGAAUGCAUCGCUCGCGCGGCACGCGUGUGCACGUAUGUGAGCGUGCGUGUGGUGUGUGGCACGCAGGGACGAAGCCGAGUGCGCGAAUGCGGAGCCCAGAGAUCGUCUCGUGCGGUUCGUGCGUCAAUUGUAAGCGGUAAAAAUUCGACUUCAAGAGAUGCGAGAGGCGAUCGAGCGCGUAACAACGUGGACUCGAUCGUAACUUGGACGUUUACUUUCACGUUCUUGGAUCGCAACGGUGAAUAAUAAUUUGUUUUCUCUACGAGAUGCAGCGUUUAUACGAUUAUAAUUUAGCUUUACGCUUUUGUUUUCUUCGUCACAUUUUUUAGCUCACCGCGGUGAGGGAAAAGCGGGGAAAAGGAAGACGAGAAGGAGGUCCCAUCGCGACCGAGGGGAAAGGAGUGAGAGGGAAAGAAAGAAAGGAGGAGGUCCUCAUCCGUUGCCGAUCCCGCACACGUGCGGCUCACGUGCGUGUCUCGGGCCUGGUCGAGGCGGAACAGCGGGGGAGAGCGGCACUGAGAGAAAUGUAAAGUGUGCGUGACGCACCAGAUGAGAUUAGGAGACUCCAUGCUCCAGAGGAGCGGAAAGAGGCUGCCGCUCAGUCGUGCCCGUUGACGAGGACGGCGUCGUCGUGCGCGGUGGUCGAUGAGAACGCUGCUCCGUGAUCGCGUCUGCGGCAUGGCAGCCCGCAAGGAGGAAGCAACGACGAAGCAACGAUACCACGCGAACGCUCGGGAGAGGGAUCGCACUUACAGCGUGAACACGGCAUUCAGCAUUUUGCGCACGCUGAUCCCGACCGAGCCCGCCGACCGGAAGCUAUCGAAAAUUGAAACCCUGAGGCUGGCCAGCAGUUACAUCAGUCACUUGGACGCGAUGCUCGUCGCGGGUGCCACCACGGAUCGACCCUGCUCGCGUCUUCUAGAGAAUAAAGGCGUUUACUCGGCCAGGCCGCAAGUUUGCACAUUUUGCUUAGCUACGCAUAAGAAAUGUAGUUUGGACGUCUCGGGAAUGAUCCCGGAUUAUCCAGAUGACCAAACAGCUUCGUGCAUUUUUGUGCCAGCAAAUGCAACAUAUUUCCCACGCGACCUGCAUGUAAAUGAUAUAUGAAGCCAAUAGAUUAAUUUUAUAUCUGUAUAUAUGAUAUGUACACAUUUGUACAUUUUUGUAAAUAUUAUGUGCUGCUUGAUUUAUUUUUCAUAAAUAUUAAAUACAUAUUCAUGCAAUUGUAACGUUCAAUGUAGGUUUUCCAGACAACUACGUAAAAUUUAAAAAAGUAAAAUCCGGU